CCCAUCAUGAGACGAGGGCGUGCGGAUGGACGGACGGGAUCAGAUCGAGCAGUGCAACAGUCCCACCACGACAAUGGCAGCAAAGUGGUCUGUUUGCGGGGGUGAGGAAGAGACACUCCUCUUCGGCUCCUACCUUGCCCAGCUGAUAAUACAUUGAUACUGUCCUGGAACCCCCAUCUUGAUCGCUUUUCAUGUCCUCGUCACCGAGAUUUUGCGCACGCUGCAAUCCCGCAGGGCGCUCCUCUUCCGCAGGACUCAUCACCGACACACCUACGCGCCCGCCAUCCAUAAUUGAGUCGAUACCCAGUGCGUACGAAGUAACUGCCGAGGUGACGCAUUGGGCUGCCCGCACUGGGCUGGCUGCUCUAUGUACUUCCACCCCCGAUAGCAAGGGCAGCACCUCCUCCGCAAGCCCUCCCCCCAUUUCAACAGCUUCAAUCCCUCUCUGCCUUCCUCCGCAGAGACGACAAGCGACGUGAGGCGGCACGGUCAUCUCCCAUGACUCUGCCGCCUGCGGUUGUCGUGUUAUCACUUGCUCCAUCACUGGCCCAACUGUCGACGACACUACCUUGCGUACUUCGUAUAGUAAGACAGGUACGAAGUAACUCCUACGCCCUAAGGUAGGUCGGCAACCGCCCCCACGGCGCCGUCCAGGAUGCCCCGCGAGAGUCGCAUCUCGGCCACGAGGCCAAUCUUCCCGACGUACCUCCUGCCGAGCUUUAGGUUCUCCUUCCCACGGCGCCAGUCCGCCUCGUCGUCCACGUCCUCGUCGUCGGCCGCGUCGUCUUCGCAUCCGGUCGACUCCGCCAUCUCAUCCGCGGCCACGACACCCAACAACUCGCCGCCCGACCGCGAGCCCAUCCGUGAUGCCGUCACCGGCACCACCAAGUCCGACCGCCGCCGCCUGUCGCGUGCCGCCCCCGACACCCUCCGCUGCAUGAACUGCUCCACCGACGUCGCGCUCGCCUCGCAAAUCAUUUCCAAGGGCUUCACCGGCCGCUACGGCAGGGCAUUCCUCGUUGCGCCGCCGGUCCUGCCCGCGGACAAGGCGCGGCGCCGUGGCGGCAUCGACGAAAAGGCCAAGGACGUCAAGGACCAGGGCCUUCUGGCCAACAUUCGCAUCGGGCGCAGCGAGGACCGCCAACUCGUCACGGGGUGGCACGUCGUCGCCGACAUAUGCUGUGCGACGUGCUCUCGCAAGCUGGGGUGGAAGUACGUCGACGCCAAGGAACAGUCCCAGAAGUACAAGGUCGGCAAGUACAUCCUCGAGGUGGAGCGCGUGGUGACGCACCGCUGCUGGGAGGACCUCGACGUGCCUCUGGGAGGCUGCGGCGACGAUUUGGCUGUCAUCGAUGAGAUGGCCGGUCUAGGAGGGGGUUGUUUGGGUGGCAGUGGCGGCGGCGCCGACGAAGAUGACGGUGAAGAGGAGAUUGCGUUCGACUCGGAGGAUGAGGACGAAUGUGAGGACAUUUUCAUGGGCGUGUGGGAUGCGGAGACCGUGGCGAGGCGGAGGAGCCAGACUAUCGCGAAGCGCGAGUCCAUGGCCGCGGCCGACGUGUGAUACGGCCGCAUGGGAAAGCAAUCUGUGAUUGCCGAGGCGGUAAUUGGGCAUGGGAAUUGAGGGCGGAUUAUGAGCCUGCAAGACGUGACGAGAUGGUAUGACGACUGAGUUACCAAUAUGAGUAUGGAUACCCCGGGACGUUGGAAAUAUGAUAGUUUAUUUGGUACUGUAAUCAAUACAUAUACUCUUCUCUGC